AUGGAAGAAAGCGCCUCGUCGCGUCCCACCAACACCCCCGAGGGGUCCGUCGGAGCAGACGAUCACAACCCGUCGAGCUCCGCGAAGAACCCAGCCCUCAAAGAUCGGCAAUGCAAAUACUGCCACCAGGCAUUCACCUCAUCCUCCCUCGGACGCCACCUCGAUCAAUUCAUGUUCAAGAAGAAACCCGAUGGCAUCCAUGAUGUCGAGGAGAUUCGACGCAUCCGAAGUGAGAUCACGCGACGCCAGGCCCGCACCUCGUCCGGCAGACGCGACACCCCCGAGCGAACACCUGGCAAACGCCAACAAGACCUAUUCGACUCGGGCGACUCGGGCACGAAGCCACGCGACGGCGCGUAUAGGAUGAUGUUCAACACCCCUACGUGGCAUGCGACCGGAGUCAUCAACGACAUCCCGAAUCCGAGCCAGGCGCAGGAGGGCACCUCCGCCCAUUCGCGCAUUGCGCCUUCGCAGUCUCGAACCGGGUCCUUUACCUUCACGGAUAGACACAGUUCGAGUAAUCCGGACACCAUGCGAGCGCUGGAAUUGGCUUUGCGCGAGGUGCUAGAUAACAUCAAGGCUGCAACCUCUCGAAUGCGCCCCCGACUCUCCCCAUUUGAUUUUGACAUCCAAUCGCAAACCUUUCCCUCCCUCUGUCUGCAGCUUCUACCCCCUCCGCCCAGCCUGUUCGCAACCAACCCUUUCCCAUCGCCUACGUCUUUCCCCCUCCAACCUCCGGGAGUCGAGCACCUUGAAAUUGUCCGACAAGCUCUCCGCGCGAAAAUUGAACAAUGGCAGUCCGACCAACUCUCUUCCGCCGAGUCCGGUUCUCACCCUCAUUCCGGCCGCCCAUCGACCUACGGGCUCGACUCCAGUAUGAUCAGCCGCAGCGCCCAACAACACGAAGACCUCAGCCUCCGUCAUCUUGAACUCGCCUUCAAGCACUGGGCCUCUUUGUCCCAGGAAAUGCGCAAAGAUGCUUGGCAACUCGAGAUCACGCGCGCUUUCGCUCGCGAAAUGGACAAGCGCAAAUCCUUGGACGAUCAGCUCGCCCGUGUCCAGCAGGAAGCCAACCAACUCCGCGCCCAGGUUGAACGACUCGGUUCCUGCCAAUGGCCGCGAGAGUUUGCACUCUUCCCGCCUGACACUUUGCCUCUUCCGCGGGAUGUCGCCAAGGAGUUGGAUGCGCACCAGAGCCAGAUUUCCCCUACCGCAUCGAGAUGGGAUUACGACAGUGUUGUUGCGAAAUGGAAGCGAGUUGUGAUGCAUGAUAAGGGAAUGGGUCGCGUGGGCGUAGGCUACACAGCCUCCCUUCAGCAGCAGCAACAUCAGGAUGAUCUCCCUCAGAUAGCGCCUUCUAGCACAGAAACAAGACAGCAGCGCAGUGCGACGGCCACAGCAGGCGAUGACAGUACAGCAAGCAGAAUGCUACACCCUCCGACCGGCGCCUCGGCCUUGAGUCCCAAUCCUUCCCCAACGAAUCCCGCCCCUAUUCCUAGCGCAGCACCCGAUUCCGUGACUCGCAGCCCUGAAACGGGCCCUCAUGCUAAACGCCCUCGCUUGAUGAACGGCCAUCAU